AUGGCGAAAGCAAAGAAUGUGGUUAACUUUAUCCGAUCAGAGACAGAUCUCUUUUCGGAACCAGGAUACGAUUUAACUCUUUCAAGCUCUAAUCGAGUUGAUUAUCAUCCAAUUACAAAUAUACAAGACCGAUCGACGCCGCUAACAUUCAUUAUUCAAGGAAAUGAUUUGCAGUACAUUGAUUUCUCAGAAACUCAAUUGUACAUUCGUUGCAAAAUUGUUGACAGUAAAGGAGCUGGAGAAACUUCAGCAAAUAUUGCUCCAGUCAAUAAUUUUCUACAUUCAAUGAUACAUCAAGUAACCAUUCUUUUAAAUGAUGUACAAAUUACUCCACCAUCAACCUUAUACCCUUAUAAAGCGUUCAUGGAAACUUUCCUUUCUUUUGGGAAAGACUAUACAAAAACCCAAGCUCAAGCAGCUCUCUACAGCAAAGAAAUUGAACCUACUACAGACGACGCGGGAUGGAUUAGUCGUGAAUCUUUGAGUCAUAACAGCAAAGUGUUUGAAAUGUGUGAAAAAUUGAGAUGUGACAUUUUCAAUCAAAAUAGGCAUUUAAUUCCUGGUGUUGAUGUGAAAAUAGUUUUAAACCGAUCGCCAGAUAACUUUUGUCUGUUGGGAAAAACACCAACCGCUGGUUCUACGCUUGAUCAAGCACAAGUUCAUAUCGUUGAAGCCAAACUGGUUGUUCAGAAACAUACACUCUUCCCAUCGAUUACGCUAACUCAUUUAAAACUCUUAGAUAAGGGUCAACCAGCUUGUUAUCCUAUGCGAAGGGGGGAUAUCAAAUCAUUCUCUCUUUCAGCUGGAACGUUACAAUAUACAAACGAGAGCUUAAUCACCUGUCUGCUACCCGAUCGAUUAGCAAUUGGAAUAGUUUCAAGCAAAGCUGUUCAUGGAAAUUAUCUGGAGAACCGGUUCAAUUUCAUGCAAGCUGAUAUUUCAAGCAUUUCGGUGACUGUAAAUUCAGAACAAGUUACUUCUCAAACAUUUGAGCUUGAUUUUAACAACAAGAAGAGUAUUGAAGCCUACUUCAGUGUGUUUUCUGGACUUGGUCUCUCAAAUAUUGACGCAGGACUCGACUUGACAUUUGAAGUUUUUCAGAAUGGAAAAACUAUAUAUAUUUUUGAUCUACGACAUCAACAUGAUGGGUUCGCUAUUCCACGACAUGGAAGUGUUAAAAUUGAAAUUAAACUAAGACAAGCAAUAACAUCAGCUCUAACUGUAAUUUGCCACUGCGACUAUCAAUCAGUGCUCUAUAUUGACAAGAAUUGA